UUUGGAAUUUAGCAGAAUCUGAAAAACCAGUCCUCCCACCUUUAUGCUGUCAAACUGUAUGACAUUCACAAACUAUUCACUAAAACUUUGUCUGAGAAGUGAAAUGGCGCAACAAGGAUUUAAGUUUUACAGCAAAAAACUUUGCUGUUCCAUCUGCCUGGAUCUAAUGAAAGAUCCAGUGACUAUUCCCUGUGGACACAACUACUGCAUGAACUGUAUUAAAUGCCACUGGGAUGAGGAUGAUCAGAAGGAAAUCAACAGCUGUCCUCAGUGCAGAAAGAUUUUCAGACCGAAGCCUGUCCUGGUGAAAAACACCAUGUUAGCAGAUUUAGUGGAGGGGCUGAAGAAGACAGGACUCCAAGUUGCUCUGGCUGAUCACUGCUAUGUCGGACCUGAAGACGUUGCCUGUGAUGUCUGCACUGGGAGAAAAUUGAAAGCUCUCAAGUCCUGUCUGCAGUGUCUGGUCUCUUAUUGUGAGCAACACCUCCAGCCUCACUUUGAAUCUCCUGCCUUUGAAAAACACAAGCUGGUCGACCCCUCCAAGAAGCUUCAGGAGAACGUCUGCUCUCGUCACAAUGAGGUGAUGAAGAUUUUCUGCCGCACUGAUCAGCACUGUAUCUGUUAUCUCUGCUCCAUGGAUGAACAUAAAGACCAUGACACUGUCUUAGCUUCAGCAGAAAGGAAUGACAGACAGAGAGAACUCGGGAUAAAUCAACAAAAAAUCCAGCAGAGAAUCCAGGACAGAGAGAAAGACGUGAAGAUGCUUCAGCAGGAGGUGGAGAAUGUCAAUUGUUCUGCUGAUAAAGCAGUGUUGAACAGUGAUAAGACUUUCAAUGAGUUGAUCCGUCUCAUUGAGAAAAGAAGCUCUGAUAUGAAACAACAGAUCAGAUCCCAGCAGAAAACUGAAGUGAGUCGGGCCAAAGAGCUUCAGAAGAAGCUGCAGCAGGAGAUCACUGAUCUGAGGAGGAAAGAUGCUGAACUGGAACAACUCUCACAUUCAGAGAAUCACACACAAUUUCUACACAUUUUCCCCUUGCUUUCAACACUCAGUGAAUCUACAAAGUCAGCUUGCACCAAGCUCCGUCCUUUGCGGUACUUUGAGAAUGUGAUGCUGGCUGUGUCAGAGGUCAGUGAUAAACUACAGGACAUUCUUAAUGAGAUGUGGCCGAAACUUUCAUGGACAGUGACAGAGGUGGAUGUUUUACUGCCACAAGCAGAGCCCAAGACCAGAGAUGAGUUCUUACAGUUUUCAUGUCCUAUCACGCUGGAUCCAAACACAGCAAACUCACAGCUGUUAUUAUCUGAAGGGAACAGAAAACUAACAUAUGUGAGUAAAAGACAGGCAUAUUCUAGUCACCCAGAGAGAUUCAUGAACAGAUCUCAGGUCCUGAGUAGAGAGAGCCUGACUGGACGUCACUACUGGGAGGUGGAGUGGAGCGAUUUUGGGGUUUUUGUGGUAGUCACAUACAACGAUAUUAGCAGAACAGGAGAUGACAGUGAAUUUGGAAACAAUGCCAAGUCUUGGGCAUUAGAGUGUAUAGGCUAUAGUUAUGUAUUCAUUCAUAAUAAAGUCAGAACUUAUAUCUCAGGCCCUCAAUCAUCCAGAGUAGGAGUGUACCUGGAUCACAGAGCAGGUAUUCUGUCCUUCUACAGCGUCUCUGACACCAUGACUCUCCUCCACAGAGUCCAGACCACAUUCACUCAGCCGCUCUAUGCUGGAUUCAGGGCUAGUCAUUUCUUAGGUUUCGGCUGCACAGCUGUGUUGCAUGACCUUAUGUAG